ACAGCAAGAAUGCAAUGUCUCCUGCCGUUAUUAACCCUUCUCUGUCAAUCAAUUCACCGUUCCCCUCCCUUUGUAUAUUUUGAAGUCGGUGGAAUAUUUGUCGUCGAAUGCAGCGAGCAGCGAUCUCCAUCUCCCUCCGGAAGGGCAUGGAUCGGCCGCGAUGGCUGGGGAUGUUGAUUUUGAUCUGCCUUCUGUCGGUUGGUCAAGGGAGAGAACUUAGGAUCAUUGAGAAGGACUACAGUCAUGUAUAUAACCAUACUCUUGCGAUGAUACUCGUCGAGUACGCUUCUGCUGUUUAUAUGUCAGAUCUAACUGCAUUAUUUACAUGGACUUGCUCCAGAUGUACUGAUUUAACAAAGGGUUUUGAGAUGAUAGAGCUGAUUGUUGAUGUUAAGAACUGUCUACAGGCAUAUGUUGGUGUUGCUCAUGAUCUUAAUGCUAUUGUAAUUGCUUUCAGAGGAACUCAAGAGAACAGCAUUCGUAAUUGGAUUCAAGAUCUAUUUUGGAAGCAGCUAGAUUUGAAUUACCCAGGCAUGCCUGAUGCUAUGGUGCACCAUGGUUUUUACUCUGCUUAUCAUAAUACGACCCUGCGUCCUGGUAUCACCAGUGCUGUUCUGGAGGCUAGGGAAUUAUAUGCAGACAUUCCUAUCAUGGUCACAGGGCAUUCAAUGGGUGGGGCUAUGGCUUCCUUUUGUGCGCUGGAUCUCACAGUCAAUUAUGGACUGCACCAUGUUCAACUCAUGACAUUUGGGCAACCAAGAAUCGGCAAUGCUGCAUUCGCUUCGUACUUCCACAAACAUGUACCACAUGCCAUUCGAGUUACCAAUGAGCAUGAUAUGGUGCCCCAUUUACCACCAUAUUAUUCUUACUUUCCGCAGAAGACAUACCAUCACUUCCCAAGAGAGGUAUGGGUCCACAAUGCAGGAUUAGAUAGCCUUGUUUAUGUGGUCGAACAGAUCUGUGACAGUUCUGGUGAAGAUCCUUCUUGUUCCAGGUCCGUAAGGGGCAACAGCAUCUCUGAUCACCUCGAGUACUUUGGCGUUAGCAUGGAGGCCGAGACUUGGGGCUCAUGUGGGAUUGUGUUCUACGGCAAUGUUGCCGAGUACCAAGUAGACAUUGCAGGAAACAUAGUGUUAUCGAAGUGGCCUUCUGCUUCAUCAGUUCUACCGCAAGGUGAAGAAGAAAAUAGAGGCAGCAGUUCUAUGUAGGCAUCAAACCUGGCCAAUGAACAUAUUGUACAUAGUUAAUGGGGCUGUUCUAGUGUGGGUGCAAUUGCCGAAGGCGUAAAUGUGUACAUUAUGCAGACCAUUUAAAUGAUUUAUUUAUAAUCUGUUUGAUCGUUAUCAUCGUCA